ACUCCACAUCUAUAUUAUCUCGAGAAAGAGAGAAAAACAAGAAAAAAAAUGGCUGCAGCAAGCGACCAAAGCAAGGAGAGCUGCCACUACCAAGAGUGGAUGCACCUCCAAGAGUCCGAGCUCACCGAGCUCACCCAAGCCGCAGCGUACGGCGCGAGCGACGACGUCGAGCUGAGCCGGCUCGUGGAGAAAAUCAUCCGCCACUUCGAGGAGCACAGGCGGCAGCGCCACGUCAUGGCCCUGGCCGACGUGUCGCCCUACUACGCCCCCACGUGGUGCUCCUCCCUCGAGCGGUCCGUCCUCUGGAUCGGCGGCUGCCGGCCCUCCUCCUACUUCCGCCUCAUUUACGCCCUCUGCGGCCUCGACCUCGACCUCGAGUCCCUCCUCACCAGUGGCGAGAGCAGCCUGGGGCAGCUCUCGCCGCGCCAGCUGGUGGCCGUCGACGGGCUCCACCAGCGGACGAUCCGCGAGGAGCGGGGCCUGUCGACGAGGCUGGCGACGCUGCAGGAGGAUUUGUUGGACAAUCCGAUUGCGGCGAUGGCGGUGGCCGGGGAGGGGGAUUGUAAGGAUGUGGAGGGGGCGCUGGAUAGGCACGGGAGGGAGAUGGCGGGAGUGAUGGAGGAGGCGGAUCUGCUGAGGGUGAGGACGGUGAAGGAGAUUGUGAGGGUGCUGACGCCGAGGCAGGCGGUGGAGUUUCUGGCGGCGGGGAAGAAGCUGCGCCUCUGCAUGAGGGAAUGGGGGAAGAAGAGAGACCUUGAUCAUGGUAGGACUAAUUAAUUAUUCCCUCCAUCCCACCUUCACUGUCACAUUUGAUUUUCUGUCCACAUUUUAUAAAAAUGAUACUCCCUCCGUCCCUUAAUAGGAGUCGCUCUUUGACCGGGCACGAGUUUUAA